AUGGCGUUCCCAGUGUUCGCCGUUGUGGGCAUUCCGGUUAUCUUCGUGCUGGGCUUCGCCGGCGCGCUCCUUCCCUCACUCGUCUCUUUCUUCUUUCCCUCUUACGGCAUCACUCGACGCAUCUACUUCUCCUUCUUCAACGGCCUUGCCGCGGGCCUCAUUCUCGCCGUCGGCUUUGUACAUUCAAUUCCCGAUUCGUUCGAGUCGUUCGACGAGGUGAUGGAGCAGUCUGAUGCCUCGGAGAUGACCCGAGACUACGCGUGGCCGGCGUGGAUCGCGAUGAUGGGCGUCAUCAUCUGCUUCUCGGUCGAGGAGUUGGUCGAUUUUCUCGCAGCUCACUUUCGUGUGGCGCACGCGCACUCGCACGCGCACUCACACAAGAAAGGCGAGCCAGCUCUCGUGGAAGACGACGAAGAAGACGAUAUCGAAGCAAAGAAAGAGCUCGCCGAGAAGGAGUCGACAGACGAAGGGGUGCAGAACUCCAAGUCUGAAAAGACCAAGAAAGAGAAGACCUCUAAGGACUACACCCCCGCAACACGACGAAUGGUGAAGAUGCUUGUCCUCUUCUUCGGCCUUCUGUUCCAUAACAUUUUCGUGGGUCUGGCUCUGGGCACGGCCGACAACGACCACGCUCUGUUCAUCGCCAUCAUCUUCCACCAGUUCUUCGAGGGCCUCGGACUCGGGUCUCGCGUGGCCGACGUCGACAUGCGUAAGAUCUUGUCGGUGCUGCUGAUCGACUUCGUGUUCGCGGCGUCGGCGCCGGUGGGCAUCGGCAUCGGACUGGGCGUCAAGUCGGCCCUUGAGGACGGCUCGAUGGCCUACAGCACCGUCGACGGCACCUUCCAGGCACUUACUCCCUCUGCUCACGUCACAUUCCCCAAUAGUCUCGCCACAAUGUACUAA